CAGGAAGUGACGCCAUUGUUGGCGGAAAUGCGGUUUCCUUACCGAUACGAAAAAAAAAUGGCUGCAGCCGGUUUGGCUGUGUUCUGUAGAAGAGUCUCGGCCGCCCUGAAGGCGUGUAGGUUGUUAAUAAGUCCUCAGGCCCCUCCUAGCACAAGUUGCAGGUUUUCUCCUAGUCUAUUGCCUAAGAAUACACCAAAUGUCACAUCUUUUCACCAAUUUAGGAUAUUUCAUACCACAUUCUCAAGGAGAGGUCUGGAAGAAUUUUUUGAUGACCCAAAGAACUGGGGGGAAGAAAAAGUGAAAUCUGGAGCUUCAUGGACCUGUCAGCAAUUAAGGAACAAAAGUAAUGAAGAUUUGCAUAAACUUUGGUAUGUUCUACUGAAAGAAAGAAACAUGCUCCUAACUCUAGAACAGGAGGCUAAGCGACAGAGGUUGCCAAUGCCAAGUCCAGAGCGGUUAGAAAAGGUAGUAGAUUCCAUGGAUGCAUUAGAUAAAGUUGUCCAAGAAAGGGAAGAUGCCCUUAGACUUCUUCAGACUGGUCAAGAAAAAGCUAGACCUGGUGCUUGGAGAAGAGAUAUCUUUGGAAGAAUCAUCUGGCACAAGUUCAAGCAGUGGCCUAUACCUUGGUACCUAAAUAAAAAAUACAAUAGAAAACGGUUCUUUGCAAUGCCCUACGUGGAACGUUUUGUCCGAAUGAGAAUUGAGAAACAAGCCCGCAUCAAAGCAAGGAAGAGAAGUUUGGAAAGAAAGAAAGAAAAAUUCCUUCAGGAAAAGUUCCCACAUCUUUCUGAAACUCAGAAGUCAAGUCAUGUCUAAGCUAUGUGAACUCUUAAUUUACCAUUUUGUUUUUGUUGGAUUACAGUCUAUAUACAGAAGUAAACACAUAUUGAGUGGUUUAUAAAUAGUAUUUUUAGUCAAAUAACUAUCAGCUAUUUCAAGUGUUACAGUACACGUUAAUUUUGGAAGCUGUCAAAAUCAGGUAUAAAGUUCAAAUUAAAUUCCCAUUUUUGUAAA